AGGUACAAAAGGAUAAAUAAAUCGGAGUUCUGGAACAGAGGAAGUGUGCAGGCAGAGGGACCGGCGGGGAGUUUCCAAACAUAGUUUCAGAGGCUUAGCUGGAGCUUUCAGCUGUUUUGUCGACUUCUUCUAUCACUCAACAGAUCCUCACAUUGCUGCGGUUUCUUUAACAUUAUUCUAUUUUUAGAUUACACUUUUAUUAUGUUCCACCAAACUCCAUCAGGGAGCUUCUUUUGAAAAUAUUAAGUUGAAAAAAAAAGCAACUUUUCUUACAUUUGGCACAAAAAACAACUCAUUCUUUUAUCCACAUUUAUUUUUACAGUUUUUAUCUUGUCACUCAAAGAAUAGUAAAGUUCGAGCAGCCACAUGUUUGUGAAUUGAGACGGGUUCUGUGGGUCACUGUUCUCCUUUCAGUGACGACAGGUUGUUUUGGUGCGACAUUAGGAAUCCGUAGAGAUUAUCCCGUCGAUUGAGUUUCACCGGACUUAAGAGAGCUUCGCCACACGUGGAGCUGCCCGUCAAACAGCGCUGCACAAAGCCGUCCCACGCUGGCUUUGUCCCGAGUUAAAACCAUUGUAAAAAAGAUUAAAGCGGAUCAAAGUGAGCCACUUUCUUUAGCACUUCAGUUAGUUUUAUUGUUUUUUCAUUGCAACCAAUAGCAGAAGUUUCAAGAAUGUUUAUAAUGUAAUUGAAUCUAGGAAAUGUCAACAAGAAAAUGAAAGUUUGUGAGUACUUUCAGCUUCAGAAACACUGAUGAUGAUGCAGCGAAAGAGGAGAAUCUGUGACGACCUUUCAGUCGUGCUGGAAACUCCCUGAAGAGCUCCAGAGGCUUUGAUGUUUCUAACCUGAGGUUUUAACCCCUUAAUAAAACCCACAUUUUGUAGUUUUAUUUUGAUAAAUGUUUUUAUGCAUUCAUCCCACAUAAAACCUCUAAUCAAACUUUAUUUUAAAAAAGCACCUUUUAUGCUUCAAGAUAAAAAAAAACAUUUAAAUAAAAGUAAAAAUCCAAAUCCAAAUCAACCUUUCCCUUCUCGCUCCCCUCCAUUGACACACACUGUAUUUUAAACCAAAUUCCGUCUGCCAAAAACCAUUAAACAUCUCAAGUUUGUGGAAUACAUUGUCAUAAUUGAACGGCUCCAUUGAUGCGUGUUGUCGCACGCCAACAAACCCGAAGCUAUCUUUGCUCUCACAUUGACAGAGGGCUAUUUUGGAUGAUAGUAUGUGGGGAGAAAUAUGUCAGCUGUUCAGUACUGUCCUCCAUCACAGCAGGAAAAGAGGAGAGAGCUUUGGGAUGUAGGGAGCAACAGAGACGUGCAUUUUAUUGGAUAAACGCUUCACUUAAAAUUUUAAAUUAAUAAAAUAAAUAAAAAAUGGACACUGCCCUGAAGGACUAUCUGAGUUUGGCAAAUGAAUUUGUUUUUUGCAAGAGGAGGGGAUGCAAGGAUCUGUGUUAGCUUGAAGUUAAAGCCAGUCACUUGUGGCAGAAAAUAAACAUUCACUUCUCGUCCUGAGAAACAAGCAGCAAAUAUGGGAGACAAAUCUGGAGGAAAAGUAGCUGCUGCAAUGAACCGUCUGCAAGUGGUGAAGGGCCUGGAGGAUGUGGAGGUGUCCGAGUGUGAGAGCUGUUCCUUUGAGGUGACCCUUAACCUGGCUUACAUAGAAGGCAUCUGGAUGAAGGACGGGAUGCAGGUUAAGUCAAAGCCCAACUGUCGCAUCAGCACACAUGGGAAGAAGCACGCUCUCGUCCUGAGCCGGGUGGCUUUGGGAGAUGCUGGCCUGUUCUCCUUUAAGGCCGAUGGCAUUCAGACCUCAGGCCGACUAAGUGUCAGAGCCAGAGACAUUCGCAUUUUGAAAGAGCUGGAAGACGUGGACACCAUGGAGCGGCAGCCUGUUACCUUUACCUGUGAGGUUAACCAAGUGGACGUGGACGCCAGGUGGUACCACGACGACUGUCGGAUCCGACCUGGAGACAAUAUUAAGAUCCGACAUCAGGGUACAUCUCACACUCUGUCUUUCAAGUCUGUCCGACCAGAACAUGCAGGACAGAUCCGAUUCACUGCAGAGCGGGUCUCAUCCCAUGCAACUCUGACUGUAACAGAGCUCCCAGUCCAAAUAACACGGCCUCUCAGGGUCAAGAUUGCCAUGUAUCAUCAUCGAGGUCUGCUGGAGUGCCAGGUGUCACGGCCCAACGCUCAGGUCAGAUGGUUCAAGAGCAGGAAGGAGCUCCUCCCCUCCAAGAAGUAUCAGCUCAUAAGCCAAGAUGUCUACAGACAGCUGACCAUCGAAGAUGUGUGUUCCUCAGAUGAAGACACCUACACAUGUGAUGCAGGAGAUGAUGAAACAUCAUGUCAGCUUCUCGUGGAGGAACAGGCUAUCUGCAUAGUACGGGGGAUGAAAUCAAUGGAGGUGAUGGAGCCAGAGCCGGCACUAUUUCAGGUAGAAACAAACCUGAAGUCUGGAAGGCCUCCCAGGUGGACUUUGAAUGGGGAAGUACUGGAGACCUGCUCAACCGUCAACAUUGAUAGGGAGGGAACUCUUCACAGCCUGUGCUUCACAAGCACAGACAGCUCCAUGUCCGGGCCCGUGAUGUUUGUGGCCGGGAAGAGCCGCUCCACCGCUCAGCUUAUGGUGAAAGAAAGACUUCUUCAGGUUGUGCGCCACAUGGAUGAUGUGGAGGCAAAGGAGAACAGCUCUGUGACCCUGAGCUGCCAGUUUUUCCCCUCUCCCAGGGUGGUGCGCUGGUUUAGAGGUCGCACAGCUCUGAAAACCUCCAACAAGUACAGCAUGAGGAGAGAAGGGAAGCGAGCAGAGCUGACGAUUCACGGCCUGACAGGGAUGGAUGCAGGGCAGUAUCGCUGCACAGCCGGGGGGUCACAGAGCGCAGCACAGGUGAAGGUGGAAGUAAAAACUCUCAGGAUGGUCAAACAUCUCAAGCCCGUGGACAUCGAGGAAGACGACAUUGCCUCUUUCUCAUGCGAACUCAACUAUGUGGUUGCCAAUGUGGAGUGGCUCCUCAACAAUGUUCGGCUUUUUUCCAAUGCCAUCAGCAGGAUCCAGCACAUGGGGACGAUGCACAGCCUCAUUUUGAAGAGGUUGCGACCGCAAGAAAGUAGGAUCACCGUCAGAGCUGGCCUUCUUACAGAAACAACCACCCUGAAGGUCAAGGAGCGCCCAGCAGUGUUCCUAAAGUCUCUGGAGGAUGCAACUGGGGAAGAGCAAGGAGAAGUUUGUCUGCACUGUGAAGUUUCCAAAGAUUCAGUAACACCAGUUUGGAAGAAAGACGGGAUGGUUUUGACAUCCGAUGACAAACAUGAACUUCUGCAGUUUGGAAAGUCCAUGGCACUAAUCAUCCACUCACUGACCAAGGCCGAUGCUGGACAGUACACCUGUGACCUCGGCACCAGUCAGUCCAAGGCUAAAGUGGUGGUACAUGACCUACACAUCAGCAUUGUUCAGCGUAUGAAGACAACAACUAUCCUUGAAGGAGAAAGCUGCACUUUUGAGUCUCAUCUCUCCCAUGAUCUCGAAGGCGAGCCCUUCUGGACCAUCAAUGGGCAGAAGGUGGCUACAAACAGCCGCACUCAGCUUAUCAACAAUGGCCGUGUAUAUAAGAUGACCAUUAAAGAUGCUUCACUCACUGAUGCUGGAGAAGUAGUUUUCACAAUUAGGGAUCUAAGCUGCAGGACCAUGUUGUUUGUGAAAGAGAGACCAGUGCACAUUUUCCGAGACCUGCUAAACGUCAAAGCGGUACCUGGAGAGGAUGCAGAACUGAACUGUGAAAUCACCAAACCAGGAGUUUUCAUCCGGUGGUUGAAAAAUGGGCGUCUUCUCAAACAAAGUCCCAAGUAUGACAUGAGUGUGGAGAAGAACAUGGCGCGGCUGGUGAUCAAGAAUGCGAGCAUCAGGGACUCUGGAGAGUACUGCUGUGAGGCUGAGGGCGUGGCCUCCCGUGCUAACCUGGACAUCAGAGAACUCCAGCACACAUUUGCGAGGGAGCUGAGAGACACUCGAGCAGAAGAGAAGGGAAAGGUGACCCUGGAGUGUGAGACCCGGCGGCCUGCCAAGCGCGUGACUUGGCUCAAAGGCAUGGUGGAGCUGCGGUCCGGGAGGAAGUAUGUCAUCAGGCAGAAAGGAGUGGUGCUAUCCCUAACCAUCACCUGUCUUGAGAUAUCUGACACAGAUAUUUACAUGUGUGACGUUGGAACCAUGCAGAGCCGGGCACAGCUGACAGUGCAGGGUGAGGUCAUUGGCCUGCCAGAGUUGUAUUGAUUAUGUCACAAAUACAACAACUUUGAAGCAUGUGAAG